AUGCCAGUACCAUAUUUUUCAACCGAACAGCACCGCUGGUUGGAUGACCAGGUGGUCAACUAUGAACACUGCUACAAGAUCAAAGAUCUCAUCAUUUUCUGGACUGACAUAUUUGAGAUCUUCUUCGUUUGUUGGUCAGAGCACGAGGUCUUAUUCCCUAACAUACCUAGGCCCACUCCCCAGUGUCUCACUGAAGAGCAGAAGCAAGCAGUCAAUGAUGCAGUAGUGAUAAGGAAAUAUUUCCAUUACAAAAGAUCCCUGCAUACCAGCGCUCUAACAGGAUACAUCCCAUUCACGAUUGUGUCCGUGCAUGAUCACACAGUGGUCUUGCAGGAGGAGUGUGCAGAUUGGACAGAUAUUACAGCUGACGAGCUCGACAUUGGCAAUGCAGGAGGUAAUAGUGGUAAUGAGGCUGAGGCAGAUGAGGAGUAG